CUACAGAUACACACGAUAUAGGAGAUUUAAUAAGCCAUGGAACCUCAAGCAAAUAAUAACUCCAGCAGUAAUCCAAAACCAUCCGAAGUACCUGUGCUUAAUAUAUCAGGAAAGGUGGAACCAACUCAAAAUACUCACCGCAUUAGGGGUAAAAAGAAAGCUGAUCCCGAACCUCCUACAAUUCCAUUCGUUCCUGAGCCGCCAAAAAUCAACCCGACUUCGUUUCCAUAUAUAAUUGGAAGGAUAUUAUUGAAAUCUAAUGAUUUACCUGCGCGUGUUGCUAAAGUAAAUCUAUCAGACUUUGAGCAGGAUCUUUGCCUAUUGGUCAUGGAGAAGCCAUCUUCAAGAAAGCUAGUUUUUCAUAUGUUUGUCUCAAACGAAAAGGAGUUGGAAAGAGACUAUUUAAAAGUGCGAAAAAUGUACGAAAAUAAGAAAGACAUCAAGAUUUUGGAGCAUCUCACAUUGAACACCCUCUGUGCCAGAUCGUUCUAUCACCGAGUUCAAAAGAAAUUAACCGAUGUGGAGUGGAACAAGCAGCGCAAUAUUUUCGAAAUUUUGAAGAUUGGAGAUCGCGAUAUUUGGAACCUUUCGCAGAAAUUGUAUCAGCUA